UGAUACUCACGCAGAUGACAGUGGCCCCUGCCUGGCUGUGGAGCCCUGCUCUGGGGUAGUGGUCCCCUGGGGUGGGCUGGCGGCCGAUGACCUCUAAGAAUAUCUGCCCCGGGCUCCGAGAACCCCCACCCCCACAAAGCACCUGCAUACAUGUGACCGAGAUGUGCAUGCCUUGGGAGGGUGGCCAGGGGCUGCUUUGAGGAAAGAUGUGGCCUGGCCUUGGAAAGCCUGGAGUAGCUUAGCGAGCCCGCCUUCCCCCUUCUGCUGGACAGCGCGCGACCAGCUUCGUGCACAGGCAGCGCCGGACGGGUCAAUGCCAGCCGGAUGAUGACCAGUUGUGGCCAGCGGUCCCGGAACGCGCUCGCAGUAUUCUCCCUGCUGUUUCCUGCAGUCCUGUCCGCACAUUUCCGGGUCUGUGAGCCUUACACCGACCACAAAGGCCGCUACCACUUCGGUUUCCACUGCCCCCGGCUCUCAGACAACAAAACCUUCGUCCUCUGCUGUCACCAUAACAACACCGUCUUCAAAUACUGCUGCAACGAGACAGAGUUCCAGGCGGUCAUGCAGGCAAACCUCACAGCCGGCCCCGAGGGCUACAUGCACAACAACUACACAGCGCUGCUGGGAGUGUGGAUCUACGGCUUCUUCGUGCUCACCCUGCUGGUCCUGGAUCUGCUCUAUUAUUCCGCCAUGAACUACGACAUUUGCAAGGUUUACCUGACCCGGUGGGGCAUCCACGGACGGUGGAUGAAACAGGACCCCAGGCGGUGGGGGAACCCUGCUCGAGCCCCUCGACCCGGACAGCCAGCCCCGCAGCCGCAGCAGCCUCCCCCCGGUGCCCUGCCGCAAGCGCCCCAGGCUGUGCACACGCUGCGGGGAGACACACACAGCCCGCCCCUGAUGGCCUUCCAAAGCUCAUCUGCCUGAAAACCCUUUUGCUGUGCCUCAGGAUGGAGGAGGUUAGACCCAGAGCACCUGGUGCAGCCUCCAAGAACAGCUUCAACCAAGACACCAGGGAGAGCCGGGGCAACGGUGUGGUAACAGAAGAGGAAAAACCACCUGUGCCCAGAACCCCCUUCCGAGGACUUCUGAGAUCAGGAGCAAACUCAGGGUCCGGGGACAAACAGGGUGCAGGAAAGGGGCUCUGAGCCACCUGCCUGCAAGCAAUAGUUCUUUUUUUUGGGCUGGUGGCUUCUGAGAAGAGACUCGGUGUGGACUGAGAUGACCAACACUUAGCUGCCCUGGCUGACCCCAGCCAGAAGGAUUUGGGGCCGUGAGUUGUACCAUGGUCCAAACACUGACGUUUUUUCCUGCCUCCACUCCCUCCAAUAGUGGCCCCCUUAGGCCCAUCCGUGUCGGAAUAUCGACCGUGAGUGUGUGCGCGCACGUGUAUGGUCAGGGUGUUCUUUCUAUGUGUCCGUUCAGCUAGUUUUUAAUCGAGCCCCCUCGCCACCGGCUGUAAGGUUCUCCGAUGGGCACAGGUCACCGUGUGGCUGAAGAGUCUUCCCUGUGUCCUCGUCUGAGGCUCAGACCUCUUGCUGUGUCCAGCAACUGUGAGCUGGUAGAGUGGCCAGGCACAGGGCCCAGCCUUCCUGUGCCACAGGUGGCAGGAACUGGAGCAUACCAGUUGAGGAUGGGUUCUGGUGAAAUCUGUUCCCAUAGCAGCAGGCAUGAGGAAAUAUCUCAGCAGGCUUUGGGCAGCCUAGUGGGAUGUGCUGUGUGGUGCACCAUCACAGUUCCUGGGAGGUGGGCGUGUAACACCUCUGGAACAGUACAGCUUGGAGAAGGGUGCCACAGUCAUAUGGUCAGGGCAUGGCCCGCUCCACAGUUGUGGAGACCCCAGGGUGACAGGAACCCAGGUCCAGGUUUUGAUUCCCACGGUGUUAACAGGCUCCACAGCCCAGGUCCCCAAUAUGGUCAUUGGAGCACCCGCCUGACAUUUUACAGUGAGUGCAGCAUCUCCACAACCCAGAUCCUCCAUCGUCACUGCCUGAGCCUCCCCCAGGGGUUCACACUAGCCACACGCUUGCUGUGCACUAGGCCAGGCAGUGAUCAGAUCCAGGGGUAAGGAAUGCCAGGCUCUGGGAGAAGAACCACAUAGACAGGAUGAAGGGUCCUAAGGAAACCCAGAACAGAGGGUUCCAUGAAUCUGUCUACUUAAAAUGGGGGUUUUCCAAGUAAGCCUGGGUACCUAUAACAUCUGCCCACAGAGCUCAUCAUCAUUGACCCACUGUCCUAGGGCACACAAAAGAAAAGACAUCCCCCCAGAGUAACUAACCCUGUGGAUCUCCAGAGGCCACGUUGCCAAUGUAGACAUGGCCACCCCACCCCUAUGAGCGAGGCUGAAGUGUUCCUGCCCUCCCUGUGACCCGUUCUUCCUGAAGCUGCAUCCUCACUUGAUCGGCGGUAACCCCACACGGGAUGGCCACCCAACUGCCACACACUGUGGGGGAGAGUGAGCAAGGGGCAGCGAGGAAGGAAGAGCCAGCGUGGAGGUGCCCUUGGGGGUCACAAAGGCAUAUUGUGGAGGCUGUGUGUGGAGACUUGGGUGGUCAGGGGUGUUUAAGCCUGGGUUCAAACCACACGCAAGACCAGCAAUGGGACCUAGAGAGGAAGAGCCAAAGGCCACAAGAGCCACAAUCCCGUUGGGUUCCUAGAAGCAAACAAGCUAGGGUGGCCAGGCCUCAAAGCGCAACAGAGGUGAAGGGACAGUUCCUCUUGCAGAUCUCUGUAGUCCCCACAAUGGUGUACACACACACAUGCACACACACACACACACACACACACACACACACACACACGCACACACACGCACACACGCACGCACAAUGCUUCUCUAUCCAUAGUACUGUGUGAUAGAACAUAAAACUCUUCCCACUCUGGCUGGCUCUUCAUCCUCUCAGCCCCACAUGAGGGAGAGAUGGUCCCAUUGGUGGACAUGGAAGCUGUCACUCUAGCUGGCUCUAGAGGCCCUACUGGGUCAAAGGCCUCUGUCUCUGCACCCAGUCGGUUGCUCUUAGAUGCACUGCCGUGCCCCCGCCCCCCCCCCAGCCUGGAAAGCCUAUGCUUGGAUCUUGAUUAAAGAUGGGCAUGGGCCCUCUCCCGCAUGCUGCAGCAUCCGAGGGUUUUAGCAAUAGACAUCUGGUUUUAGCAAUAGACAUCUGGAGGGUUUUAGCAAUAGACGGGCUGGAUCAGCCCACACCUAUGCAGAGCCUCUACAGGAAAAGGCAUCCUUGCCCCAAGCUGCACAGAUUCUGAUGUCACCUGAGGAAAGAGAUCACAGGCAAGACCCGGGGCCCUCCUGCCUCAGUUUCCCCAGUAGUGAGAGGAAGGAGUCAGAUCAGGUGUUGAGGGGACUUCUGGCUUUGGGUGGCUCUGGGUAACCCUCUUGCAGCUGCCUCCUGCUCAGGGCUACUUCCUCUGUGAAGCCUCCUUCCUCAGACACAGGAGGCCAUGGCCAUACAGACAGCAGGGUACAGGGUGGGGGUGGGGUUCUCCAGAAGAGGUCUCCUAGGGAAUAGCUGAAGGCCCCCAUGAAGAUUCUGGUUGAGGACCUGCAUCUCUCAUCUAUGAGAGACUGCAUCUCUCGUAUAUAUAUCUGAGGCUAAGGGUCUAGACACUGGCCAGGACACAGGAGUGCCCCCAUGGCCGGAGGUCAGCAUAGAAUUUGACUUUCCAGGCCCUGGUAACCCUGCUCCUUCCCAGCUGGGUGACACCGGCUCACACCCCCAACCUCUCCGAGCCUCCUUCCCUCAUUUGGCAAGCCAGGGUUAAAGGUCAGGGUCUUACGCCAUGCCGCUUCAUAGAGCUACGGAAGGCAAGAGCUGUGUCCGUGUGGGUGUGAGGACUGGGUGGGAUGCACGACCUCAGGUGGCCGUGAUGAAAAUCUGUUCCCAGCUCAUGGUGUCUGUGGCUGGCAGAUGUGCCAGUUAGUAGCAUGUCCUGAAAAGACACAGGGUAGAGACAAGUCCCUGAAUAUUUAUUGAGCGGUCGUGGCUGCCUCGGUUCCCACGGCUGCCUCCUCCAGAUGCCUGUGUUGACACCCCCUUUUUUUUUCUGUGAGUCUCAGGCCACAGUACACUCCUGUAACAACAAGUAGCCACAGGAAGCAGAGAAGCCGGUGACACCGUGUGCCCAAGGAGAGUCAUGAGACGCCCUUGUAUCUGUCUGGCAUUUCCCACUGGGAACUGUGUGUCCUUUGUGAGCAGUGUUAUGCCCUGUCGUCUGAAUGAUCUGGGACCUCCAUUCAGAACUCCUCCCUGGCUGGCUGUAGUCACCAAGGAGAUGGCUUGCUCACCCCGUGUGGGAGUGGCCAAGCAUCUGAUGGUGACUUUCACCAGUGUGCAACGGGCCUUAAUCCAAACAGGAGCACAUGCACACACACAUACACACACACACACACACACACACACACACACACAAACAGGCAUACCCAUGAGCACACACAUGUAUGCACACAUAUGUAUACAUUCACCCACACACAUGAAUAUAACUUGUACGCAUUCGUGUGUCCACACAUCCACAUGCAUGUUCACGUGUAUAUGAAUAUGUACACCUCCAUGUGUGCACAUGUAUACAUACACCUACAAAUGUAAUUUACACAUGUUCACAGGUUCAGUAAUAAACACCUAUGAACACAUACAUGCACACACACACACACACACACACACACACACAUAUAUAUAUGAGAACAGAUAUAGACCCCCAUGUAUGCAUGCAUACCCAUGUAUGCCACAUGUCCAUGUUUACAUAUGUCCACAAAUACACUCACAUGUAUAUGCAUGCACCUACACGUGAACUCACACAUACAUGCACACACAUGAUUCUGAUCUGGUCCCUCGCAGUCUCAGAUACUGCAGACAACAGUGGUGUAUACAGCUGUGCUCCUGGGGCAGGACCACUUCCUGGGUCAUCCGAAAACCCCGUCAGGCAACUUUAGCUCCAAAGUGGAAAGGAUUUGGGAUAACAGGAAAACAAGCCAGGGGUGAUGCUUGAGGAUGUCUUCAGUCAAGAGCUGGUCCUCCCUCAUCCUGUCUAGUGCGCCCCCCCCCCCCAGCCAGGUCCGUGCAAACAGCAGGACAUGAUGCGGCUGUGUCCUGGGUUGAUUGUCACCAGCCCCACCCCUGUCCCAACCAGUGGGGCAAGUCCCACUUUUCAUUCCAGCCACAGUCCCCUGGACUGCUCCUCGCAGCUGGUCCCCAGCCCUGCAAGAGGGUGUGAGAGGAUCCAGAGCCUCAGGCUUCCAGACAUUUCUUAUUGGCUUGUUUUAGUUUUUCUUCUGGCUGUUUGGUUCCCACUAACAGGAAUUGCUUGGGAGGUAAACACGAGGUUCCCCUGGCAUUUGGGCACAGGUGACUAUCUGAGUGGCCUCCUGGGCAUUUCCUGCGUGUGUGAAGGGCAGGGAGGGAGCACACUGUCUGCCAGGGAGCUCUGCUGGGUUAGUGGCGGCCUUGGGCUGAGUCACACAGCUCACCACGUGUGUGCCAGUGUCUGUCUUGUCAGAGGACUAUGAGGAGAUGAUGUCACAGGUCAAAGGUGGUGUCCUCUGCCCCGUAGAAAAUGAGCCCUCAGCCGGGCAGUGGUGGCACACGCCUUUAAUCCCAGCACUCGGGAGGCAGAGCCAGGUGGAUCUCUGUGAGUUGGAGGCCAGCCUGGUCUACAGAGCGAGAUCCAGGACAGGCUUCAAAAUGACACGGAGAAACCCUGUCUCAAAAAAAAAAAAAAAAAAAAAAAAAAAAGGAAAGAAAAUGAACCCUCAUGCCUACCGUGUGUCGGGUGUCCCCACGGUUUCCUACCCCUUCGGUAGCCUCAACAAUGUACCUGCACUUCACAGGCUGUGGUUGGAAAGAUUAGCAGCUGAGGCCAUCAGCGCAGGGACGUGUACCACCCACACGCUGCACAAAUCCUCAGCUGUCGAGCAGACACUUGUUGAGUAGCCCCUGCCCCCUUGCUCUGUUGCCAGCGUCCACUAGAAGCCCCUCCUGCAUAGACAGAUGGGUCACAUCAGAGAACAUGCAGUAGCCCAGUGAGAGGCAGCGCCCACCACUGCGGACCUGACUCGCCGUGCCUAACGGAAACACUCCCAUCCGCAAAAUAAACACAGAACAUUUAUCUAUCCCUCCCACAAAAGUGACCUUGGAGGUGGCAUUACCUGUCCCACCCCACCCUGUUUCCAGUCCAAAUUCCUGCCAGGUAGUCGGUGCUAGAAAUGCGUAGUGAGUGGGUGGAUUUCACCAUUAGUGGCUAACACUCCUUCCUAUCUAUGUCAAAGCCCUGACCCAUUUACCCUUGACAAACUAAAACUACCCUCCAAAGCAUAGAGUCCCCUUGCGGUCAGUGUCAACCUUAAGCAUAGGACCAGCCACUGGAGUCACAGGGCCACCGUGGCCUCCCAUUUGGUCACAGCUGGUACUUGACUAAGGUGAGCUCUUAGGCUUGCGUCUCACAGUUUCUCAUACCCGGUCCCUUCCCAUUUCUCCUCACUGCCUGUGUUCAAGCUAGGCAGUAAUGUCCCCAUCUAAUAUCCACGGGUGAGCAUAUGGGCAACGUGCCAUAACCAACAAAGCUGUAGGGUGAGAGCCUGGCCACCCUAGAGGGGCAAGGGACCUUCCUACAAAGGACUUGUUUCUCCCCAGGUCAGUGGGGCGAAGCAGGUAGGCAGUGUGAGACAGGAAGGUAUCUCUAUGUUAGAAGAGCCAGGCUCAUAUUGAGAGGGCGUGGGGGUCUCUUUCAGACUGGGAAAACCAAAAACAAAAAUACUGAUGUCAGACCAUCUUCCCCCUCCUGAAUCCGAUGUAAUAAUGAUGUGUUUUACACUGACGGUGUCUCGCUGCGUUUGUCUUUCUAUAUAGUGGUUUUUAUAAUGACGUCCUUAGUUUUAAUAAAGGAGAAAAGUUAACUGUU